UUGGCGCUGAGCGAGACAGACAAGGCCCAAAGCAGGGUGCUUUUGUUACAGCUGAAGGAAGAGGGAGCCAGUAAAAUGAAAAUACAUAAGGGGGCGAGAUCAUUCCCACCAAGAUUCCGCAAAAUACUAGGCCUUAGGUUCUACAGCAAAUAGACAAGACAUGGAGACCGAGCAGUGACCGUAAAUUGCCCCUAUUAAUGAAUUGCGUUAGAAACGGAGAGGCCUGCAUUCUAAUAUUUUCCCAAGAUUUUUUAUUUUAUCCCUUUUUGUAAUUUGCACAAGGAAGCGCAGAUAUCUGGUGUAUGUGUUUAGAAUGGGACACGCUGAAGGUCCAGCCAGAGAACAGGACAGUUAAGGAUGCAGGAGCACAACAAUGGAUUUCUCCUUUUCUUUCAUGCAAGGGAUCAUGGGAAAUACAAUUCAGCAACCCCCUCAGCUCAUUGACUCAGCCAACAUCCGUCAGGAGGGCGCCUACGACACCGGUAGCGAUGAGGGCGGAGGCCCCUCCUACGACACUGCCCUGGAAGCAGAGUUCUCCUACCCGCCCUCGGCCUCCGAGGACAUGCCCCCAGUCUCCAACGGUUACCCUCCUGGGCUGGGGCUGUACGAGCCCCAGGCCAAGUUCUCCAUGUACCCCCAGUUUCCCAACGGCUCGGCCAAUGGCUAUGGGGCCAUCCGGGGCUACGGAGAGCACUGCCUCAUGCCUGGGGAGGGAACGGUCCUGAGGGCACCUGUCCUCCAAGAGAGACCCUGCUCCCCUCUGUCUCCUCCACCUUCACACCACCCACACCCCCACCUCCACCUCCAUCACCCUCAUUAUCACCAUCCUCAUCACUACCACCCUCAACCUCACCCACAUCCCUACCCUCACAGCCCUCUGUCCCUGCCCUCCCAACACCACCUCCCCCCACCACCUCACCUCAUGUCCCACGUUCUCCCCCCUCCUCCCCCGUUACUCUUGCCCUCCACCAGCCCUCCCCCCUCCCUCCUGGACAGCACCUCCUCCUCACAUCCCCCUCACACCCCCCCUGCUCCCUCCAGCGGGAUCCUGAAGAAGACCAGCUCUCCAGAGAUCAAACUGAAGAUCAUAAAGACGUACCAGAACGGGAGGGAGCUGUUUGAGUCUGCGCUGUGUGGAGACCUGCUGCAGGAGUCCCAAGCCAGCGAGGACUCCCAGACCCACAGCAGACACGAGACGAAGAAGGAGAAUAGGAAAAAUACAGCCAGUCUGCUGGAGCAAGAAGAAGGGCAGGAGCAAGACCAGGAGCAGCCACAGGGGGAAACUAUAGGGCAGGCCAGGGACAUCCAGACCCACACCCAGGCCCAGACCCAGCCACGGGAGCUGCCUGUGGGGCAGACUGAGAAGCCACAGAAGACCCCCAUCAAAGCAGAGCCCAAGGCACCUAAGGUCCAGAAGCAGUACCCUACAGUGAUAACAGGUACAGGUUGCUAUAAGAACCACGAGGUGGGGGACCUGGUGUGGGCCAAAGUGGGUACCUACCCCUGGUGGCCCUGCAUGGUCUCCUGUGACCCCCAGAUGAACGUCCACACACGCAUCAACACCCGAGGUCACAGAGAGUACCAUGUGCAGUUCUUUGGCAGUGUGGCAGAGCGGGCCUGGGUCCAUGAGAAGAGAGUGGUCAUGUACCAGGGAGAACACCAGUUUGAUGAGCUGCAGGCUGAGACUCUACGCAAGACCACCAAGACAGCAGAGAGACACAAGCUGAUGAAGCCCUUCCCCCAGAGAGAGCGUGCUCAGUGGGAGGUGGGCGUCGGCCAUGCAGAGGACGCCUUUCUGAUGACGCAGCAGGAACGCAUCGACAACUAUACCUUCAUCUAUGUCGACCCUGACCCCAACGCCCCCCCGCCCACCAAGAAGACCCCUGUCAGGGCUGCCAUCCGCACCCAAAGCUCCUCCAGCUCAACCAGUAAGAAAGAAGAAGGAGCAGUGACAUCACCGGACCGGGCGGAGCCAGCCAGAAGACAGCCUCGUAGGCAGUGUAGUGUUCCUAAUGCAGACAACCCAGCCGACCUCAAAACCUCGGAGGGAGAAAAGGACCAGCGCGGGGACCCUGGACAGCCCAUCCCCCCAGCCCGGAAGACCCAGUCUGAAGCACGGGGAACCCAGGAGUCCUGUGCCCCGGUACGGGCCUGGAAGACAGCCGCUGCCAGGAAGCUGCUGCCUCUCUCCAUCACAAUGAAGAAACUGAAUGUAAAGAUCACCAAGUGUGACCAAAUGUGGCCUCUGCUAAAGAGGAAGUCCCUGCCCUCACCACAGAGGGAGAGAGACGUGGAGAGGGAGGACGGAGAGGGCCGGCAGGCCGAUCUGGGAUCUUUUUCAGCAGAGCAGGGCUGUAGAGUUAAGCCAGAACCCAGUCCAGAGGAAGAGGGUGAUGAGGAGAGAAAGGAGAAGGAGGAGAAGAGAAGUGACCAGGAAGCAGCACAGCACACCUCCUUUCCUGGGUCUCAGCAGAGCACCCCACCAGGUUCUCAGGAGCGUAAGCAGCAGCGUAGGUCAGUGAGGAGCAGAUCUGAGUCAGAGAAAGGCUGUGAGGCCGUUCCCAAGAAGAAGACCAAAAAGGAACAGGCUGAGAUGGCUCCUGAGACCACUCUGAGAACAGGCUCACAGAAAGGAGCCAGUGAGAUCUCGGAUGCCUGUAAGCCUCUGAAGAAACGCAGCAGAGCCUCCACAGACGUAGAGAUGGCCUCCUCUCAGUACAGAGACACAUCCGACUCUGACUCUAGAGGCCUCAACGACCCCCAGAGUCUGUUUGGGAAGAGUUUGGACAGCCCAGCAGCAGUAGAUGCCGACGCGUCAGACAGCCAGUCAGUGGAUUCCAGUCUGUCCAGACAAGGAAGCAGCACAGCCAAGAGAGACACUGUCUGCCAGAUCUGUGAGGUGUAUGGAGAGGGUCUGGUGUCGUGUGAGGGGGACUGCUGUCGGCUGUUCCAUCUGGAGUGCCUGGGCCUCACCUUCCUACCUGAGGGCACAUUUACCUGUCUGGAAUGUAGAAACGGCUCUCACUCGUGUUUCAGCUGUAAGACGGGGGGAGGGGAGGUGUUGCGCUGCUCUGUGGUUGGCUGCGGGCGAUAUUACCAUGAUGACUGCGUGCACAAACUCCCUGGCACUGUGGGAGGGGGUACGGGCGGGGGGUUCCACUGCCCCCAACAUACCUGCACCACCUGCUGCCUGGAGAGAGACCUGCACCAAGCUGCCAAAGGACGUAUGAUGCGUUGUCUGCGCUGCCCGGUGGCGUACCACACAGGGGACAGCUGCGUGGCAGCGGGCAGUGUGGUCCUCACCCACCACAUCAUGAUCUGCAGCAGCCAUGGCAUCACCAAGAGGAACGGCCUCCUCUCCUCACCCGUCAACGUGACCUGGUGCUUCCUCUGUGCCCGAGGACUGUUAGUGCAGGACCUUACUGACAUCAUAUUAAGUUCAUAUGCCUAUAAGUCCCACUACCUUCUGACUGAGUCAAAUCGUGCUGAGUUGAAAUUACCUAUGAUUCCCUCUUCUUGGACAGCUACCAAAAAGAAUAUUGGGAAAGGAGAGAAGCUGCUGUGCUGUGCAUUGUGCCCGGCGUCGUUCCACCCAGAGUGUUUGGAGAUGGAGAUGCCAGAGGGGGCGUGGUCCUGCAGGGAGUGUAGGGCAGGAAAGAAACCCCACUACAAACAGAUCGUCUGGGUCAAACUGGGAAACUACAGGAGAGUCAGGUGGUGGCCAGCGACGAUCUGUAACCCUCGCCUAUGGUGCCCCAACAUCCAGACGCUCCGUCACUGACCUCGAGAAUUCCGCGUCUUCUUCUUUGUCCAUGACUACUACUGUGAUACCAGGGCCGUGUGUUUCCCCUACGUGGAGAACGACAAGACCCCCUGUCACGGCCAAUCACACAUCAACAAGACCUUCAAAAGGCUGCUCGCAGUUCCAGAGCUCAAGGCUCAGAGGGAGAGUAGGGAGGCCCUGGAGCAGGAACGCAACUCACGCAAACCCUCACCAUACAAGUUCAUCAAGCAACAGCCAGUGGGAAAGGUGCAGGUGCACAUAGCCGACCUGUUCAGAAAUCCACGAUGCAACUGUAAGCAAGACAACACCCUGCAGCUGGACUCCCAAGUUCUCAACCGCAUGCUGCAGUAUGAGUGUCACUCACAGGUGUGUCCAGCAGGUGAUAGCUGUGAGAACCAAUGCUAUUCGAAGCGUCUGUACUCUGAGACAGAAGUCAUUAAGACAGAGGGUUGCGGCUGGGGCCUCAAGACCAACCAGGCCCUCAGGAAGGGAGAUUUUGUGACAGAGUACGUGGGAGAGGUGAUCGAUUCAGAGGAGUGCCAGCAGCGAAUCAAACGCGCUCAUGAGAACCACGUGACCGACUUCUACAUGCUCACUCUCACCAAGGACCGGGUGAUAGAUGCCGGGCCCAAAGGGAACUCCUCUCGCUUCAUUAACCACAGCUGCAGCCCCAACUGUGAGACACAGAAAUGGACUGUCAACGGAGACAUACGCAUAGGCCUCUUCACCCUGUGUGACAUGGAGGCUGGCAUUGAGAGUGCGGUGGUGAUGGAGAAGGAGGAGAAGGCGAGGAACGCUAAACUGAAGCCCAAGAAGCGUAAGCUGCGACCGGAGGGGAAACACACACAUGAGUACAUCUGUUUCUGCUGUGGAGAGGGAGGAGAGCUGGUCAUGUGUGACAAGAAGGACUGUCCUAAAGCUUACCACCUGCUGUGUCUCAACCUCACCAAACCUCCAUAUGGCCGUUGGGAGUGCCCGUGGCAUGACUGCAGUGUGUGUGGUGUCCUAGCCUCAUCCCUCUGUGACUUCUGCCCUCGCUCCUUCUGCCGGGAACAUGGGGGGGGGGCUCUCAGCCCCUCUACCCUAGAGGGCCGCCCCUGCUGCUCCAACCACAACCCCCUCAGUCCCCUGGGCCCCAACACCAACCCUGCACACACUCACACACACCCCCCUGGCACGGUCAGCGUCAAAGAGGAGCCACAGGACCCUGAGGAGGAGCACAGCCAGUAGGACUGAGAGUGAAGCUGUCUCAAAUAGCACCCUAAUUCCUAUAUAGUGCACUAGAAAUGUAGCACUAUACCUUUAUGGAAUAGGGUGUGAUUAGAGAUGUGCCCUCAGGUGAGAUAGACCAGAACUGCAGCCACCAGUUACACUUGAGAUUCCCAUGGGCUGGUGUGAGCGGUGAGAGUUGUUCUAUAUCAGAGAUCGGAGCAGAGCUCCUCUGUGUUUAAGGAUAGGGGGAGUGGAGGAGAGGGCAAGGGGAGAUGGAGAGGUGUGCCCAUAGCCCUGCCUUUCUCUCCGGCCGCUGACAUCACCCCAAACACCCAGUGUUUCAGUUUCAACACUUCAUGAUUCUGUCAUUUCUAGAGGCGUGGAAACUCAGUUAGUGUUCUUAUGUUCUUGGUUAAUCAGCACUUUGAAUAACUCAGUGAGGGGGAAGAAGAGUGAGUGUAAACCUCCCUCCAUCAUGCUGCUUUUCUCUUUGUUUACUUCCUGUGAGCUGGGGUUGUUUGGCGCCCAUUGCCAGAGGCCAGGUGCCGUUUCACACCCUUAGAAGGCUUUGCUGUGUGUUGAUGAGACAGCAGAGCCAGGCCCAACACUCCUCUGCAACCCUCAUCACUCCAAACAUGAUCUAUUAUCCCUAUCUAGCUCUCCUUUCACAACGAGAAGAAAAUCAGAUUUGUGCAAUUUUCAGGACUACACACUACAUUCCGACAUUCCUUAUACCGGUUUUUGAUAUACUUAUGAGUAUAGAUGAAUAUAAAUAUAUAUAUAUAUAUAUGUAUAUGUUUGUUAAUGUUUACAGACAGAUUAUCUCACUUCAUCUCGGUGAGUGGUGUAUUAUUGUUUGUUUGUUUAGGUGUUUAGCAAUGAGCAGAUCUCCUUGUGAAUAUAGUCCUUCUAAUAAGGUGAAUUAUAAUGGCUUAUAGUGUAAUGGUAUGACAUCACAUCAUCAUUACAUGUAAGAUCCAUUCGCCAGUUCCCCAGUCUCACUCUCCAUUGUGUACAUAAUUGGCUCCUAUUGUAAACCACAGAAGAAGAGGGGAGACAUCAGUGUUAUCCACAGCCCCCUUCACUGUAUAUCUAUGGAAAUAGAAAGGCAGUUUAGGAGAGGAAGUUGCAUUUCAUUAAAAUUGAGAGGUUGAGCAGCUUACGUUUGGUGAUGAUUUCCUCCUAAGUGAGUAUUAUACAGAUAUGAUCCCAGUCUGUUUGUACACAGUACUGCAGCCCGCCUAGAGGGAUUCUUAUUUCCAAUACACUGACCUGACAGAUAGGUGGCUGUUCAUUGGCCUUGUGUGCAGUAAUGUAAGUGAUGGUGUGUGUACUGUACUGUGCACUCAAAUGUUUUGUUUUAAAUUGUUCUGCUAAACCUUUUUAAAGCACUUUCACCAUUUAUUGCUACAUACUUUAGGUACGUCAUAACAUACAUGUAUAUAGUAGAACAUAUGACAUUGUACAUGCUUGAAAUGGAUACCUCUUUUCUGUAGUAAUGUUGGAAUUUUAAACUGUAUUGUAACUUCUGCUAUKGGUCCAACGACAUGAUCCAAAUAUCUUUGAGAGACUGAAAACGUUCUCUGACACAAGUUACUGCCGUCCACACUUUCUAUUCUUUGCCCUAGUAGAACGACUAACGCCCUCAUCUUAAUUCAAGGUGUUAAGUACAUUCAGUGGGUAUUUAUUUUCACUUUUUGUAUGACUGUGUGCAUCUCCACAAAUUGGUUUUGUAUAAAUAUUAAGUUAAACUUCAGUACAAUGAAAAGAUCAUAUUCUACAAACAUAUACAUGUAUUAUGUAAAGUGUUUUUAAUCUCUCAUCCUCCUAUGACAGAUUUUUACAAUUAUAUCACACCAUUUUUAUACUAGUUGAUUUAUGUAUCAAAAACACCUAUUGGAAAAUCGCUCCCUCCCAAAGUAUUAAGUAACAUAUACUAUGAAACAAUAGGGAGCUUUACAAUUGAUGAUUCUGUGUGUAGUUGUCUAAUACAUUUAACAUGUUUUCUAUUAGUGUAAUGAUUCCACAAUGUUUAACAGCUGCUCAUAUGCCAGGCUGGCUGUGUUGUGACUCUUUACUGAUGUUGAGGCAGUUAAAAGCAAGUGAAAAUUGUGAUGUGAAGUAACCGAGCACUUCAUUCAGCCUAAACUCGCAUUAUCAUGAUAAAACUACAAGAUUAGUCUGAGCCUGUGCUUUCUCUUCUCUGGUACGUUACCGACUGAUUAUGAUUAUGCCCGUAAAACGAUAGCUCACCCAAAAAGUUUGUCAAACGUUUCUAUACCUCUGUUGUUUAGUGUCAAGCUGUCCACAUUCAACGUCUGUCUUAACAAAAUAUAAAUUAGAUUGUGCCAAAAUCUUCUAUUCAUUUCGAAUUGAAGCAUGCUGAAUUCUCCUAAUGCAUAAACCAGGUUAAACUCGACAGAAUGGAAUAUGGACUCAGUUAGACUUAAGUGGAAGUAUGGAAACGUCUAUCAAAUUAGAUUUUAGGGUAAACUAACACUUUAAUAGACAUACUGCUCUCAAACCUGCCAAAUUAUCGUUUUUUUUUUCAGAUAGGUGUUCGAUUUAGAUCAUUUCAGUACUGGUCCGCACAGCGCAGUAUGGGGUGCAUCAAUGCACUUUUCCAUAUUUUUAACAAACUUUUAAAACUUGAAAUAUAUUUCUUUCUUUCUUUACAUUCUUUAUUUUUGUAUUUGUUCAUGUUUUGUACUACAGUGCAAUGUGUUCAAGAACUUCAUGAGUAUUUUACUGAUAACUGAUUUGACGUGGUAGAUGAUAGAUAUUCGGCCUAUUCAGACAAAUUUCAGAUCCUGUACAGGAGUCACUAGUCUCUAACCUUCUCUAACCAUCACUAAGUGAACAUGUAAACCAGACCAUUGUACACUCACCCCAACACACACCAGCAAUUUGUGUAGAACUGCAAACUGCAAACUACCCCUUCCCCUGCAAAACAGCCCUUCCAUUCUGAAAGAAGCGCAAAUCUGUUCUGAAUCUGUUCUUUUAUCUGUUGGGGAUAUCUUUUGUAUGCAUAUUUGAAGCUACUUUAUUAUGUUAAAACAACCACAUGUUAAUGCUCUUUUAUGUCAUUGUAUUGUCUUUUUAUCCUCUUGGUAUCGCACAGAGAUUAUCAAGGCCAAACCAAAUAACCCUUAUUUUUUGCACCUCCUUUUGAACUUACUCACUUUAUGCCAGUUGAACUUGAACACAUCAUUCAGCCUAGUAUAGUCUGAGUGUGUGUUGCAGGUUGUCAUUCUGUUUGUCACCGACAUUAUCGAUUUGACCCAUGUUUAUACAUGAUCAUAUAGUGGCCAUACUUUAGGAAAGACAGUUGGUUCUCACUGAAAGGGAUGUCAGACAGUAGGGUUACGAAGAUUAAGCUAUCAAAYUAUUAUCCAACACAGACUUUGAAAGUGGCCCUCUCUGAGUCAUAUGUUUCUGUUCUACACCUUUCAGUUAUUGUUUAUUUUGUGCAAUACUAGUUGUUAUUUCUGUCAUUACAUGUGAUUGACAUGCUCUCCCAGAUAUUAGGAGGAACAGUGAUUUCAGAGGAACUAAUUUCACCACAGUAAUGUAGUGAAAGUGCUCUGGUGAAUCUGCUGGGGUCGUACCCAAAGCCAUAUAUUUUAGAGAGUUGGGCCAACUUUUAAAAUGUUUAUUAUUGUUCUAAUUCUAGACAUUCAGUUACAUAGCAUUGUUUAUGGCUGCCAUAGAAUAUUGUUGUGUCAUGUAAAAUGCAUCAUAAUGCAGAAACGUCAGUGUCCCAACUCCUAAAUAUAUGGCUCUGGUCGUACCCAUCUCUCGAUGUUGCUUCAAUGAAAAAUUGGAUGAACAAAAAGUUACCAUAUUAUUUUACUGUUCAGCAGCCUGUGUUAUAUAGCAUAAUGUUAAGACUUGUACAUAGAUUGCAUUGAACUUGCAUAGGAUCAUGUUACUGUGGCGUGCUAUUGCCUGUAAAAUGUUGCUUCUAAAUGUGUGUGACUGUGAGGAUGACACUCUUUUUGUACAUGACUGUCUUUUUAUUUCAAACAAUUGAUUCUGUCUUUUCAUUCUAAAUGAGGUUGUGAGGUUGAGUUGGAGCUGAGGAGUUCAGACAUGCCUGAAGUUUGACUUAAAUAAAGCUGUACUGUGUCUCAGUGGAA